AUGGAUUUGGGAGAUCUGAAUGACCGGCCGUUGAAAAAGAGGCGCUUUUUUGUAGACCAGGAAGUCGAUGCGACUCAAUCCAGUGAAACCACUGCUAUUCCGAGCACCGCUCACAACGCGUCUAGUCCUUGUUCCUCUCGUCUGGAUGAGAGUAAUGGCGACUAUGGAAUAGGCGAUGAUGGACAGACAAGCCAAUUUAACUUCUUACAGUCUGGAAAUCAUGAUUCUUUUACGAAUGGCACCCCAACUACUGUCCGCAAGGACGAUGCAGAUCCAGAGCCUCGUGGAGAGGAACCGACUGUGGGGAAGACACUCGAGCAGGGCAAUACGGAUGGAUUCGAUACAGAGGCUUUUACUAGCAUUGUGGGCGAACAUCUCUCGUCAGACACCAUGCAGAAGAUCCGGAGUGUUUCCGGCGACGAUUUGGAGAGAGCAGUUAAUGUCUAUUUUGACGGGUCCUGGAAAACUUCCGCUACUCGUGCAGCACCCCAAACUCAAACUACUUUGACAUUGCAGGGACGAACAAUUCCCCUGCAACCGACGCCAGUUAGUGGAGUGUCUAUGCUGGACACAAGGACACCCCGUGUAGCUACACCGGCUUGCCGAGACCAGCCCUCAUUGAGAUACAUCGGUGCAUUUGGCGUGGGCGGAUGGGCCACGAGGAGUGGAGUGAGGCUUCUUAAGCAUGGAGACAAGGUGAAUAUUGAGAGGGCUAGGUCUCAGCCGGUCUCGAAACGUGGUCGUGGUGGUAGGUUCAUAACAAACCAGAAAGGAGAUGUUUUGACACGGUUCACGAAUAAUUCCGGCCAAGAGAUUGGACGACUGCCUCGAGAAACGGCUGAAUGGGUCUCCACAUUGAUCGAUCAGAAGGCUUGCAAAUUUGAAGGUGUCUGCGUUUUCGCCCCGGACGCAAUCCGGGUGAACGAUACGAUCUAUAUACAAUUAUGGUGCUAUCUUCGCAUCGAGGCAUUCCAGCCUGGGAUCCCAGAUGGCAUCUCUGAUGAUAAUAGAUCCAUCACAAUAUUCGAGGAAAAAGAGAGCGCAGAGGAGAAGCGGUUACGUCUCCGCCAGGUAGCCCUAGUGCGUCUUUUUGACGAAAUCGGCCUCGAUCCCACGUCGAUUAAUGAUAUGACUAAAAAGCACAAGAAAGAGGGAUUGCUACGCGCUGCGGAAAUCGCGGAGCAGUACGACAAGAAUCAAAAGGAUGGCAAGUUGAAUGGUAGUUCAUCGGACGAAGAAGAGUCCGCAGAACUUGCGGAAGACCAACUAGAUACGCUCUACAAAAAGGCACAAUCGUUCGAUUUCAGCAUGCCAGAAGCAGAGCCUUCAUCGACGUUCACCAUGAGCCUUCGAAAAUAUCAGAAGCAAGCACUACAUUGGAUGCUUGCAAAGGAGAGAGACAACAAGGCUGGCCGGGAAAGAUCAAUGCACCCACUAUGGGAAGAGUACUUGUGGCCAACCAAAGACGUUGAUGAUAGCAAUCUCCCUGCCAUUGACGGUUUGGACCAUUUCUAUGUCAAUCCGUAUUCGGGGGAGCUCAGUCUUGAUUUUCCAGAACAGGAACAGCACUGCCUAGGUGGCAUCUUGGCUGACGAAAUGGGACUGGGUAAGACAAUUGAGAUGUUGAGCCUGAUCCAUACUCAUCGAAAUGUGCCUCCAAGGCAAGCCUGGGAUGCACCUAGCUCCGUCAGCGAUCUCCCUCCUCUACACAGUACCUACGCUAGGGUUGUUCCUGCCCCUUACACCACACUCGUUGUUGCUCCAACUUCACUGCUUUCGCAGUGGGAGAGUGAAGCAUUAAAGGCGUCUCAACCAGGGUCGAUUACGGUCUACAUGUAUUAUGGAAACGACAAAAACAUUGACCUAAGGAAACUAUGCUCAGCAAGCAACCUGACUGCUCCCAAUGUAAUUGUCACUAGUUAUGGUGUUGUACUUUCGGAGCAUCGCAGUUUUUUGUCGCAGAUGUCCGCUCCUCAAGGUGGUUUAUUUUCUGUCGAGUUCUUCCGCGUUAUUUUGGAUGAAGCCCAUGUAAUUAAAAAUCGACUCUCCAAAUCAGCUAGAGCGUGCUACGAGCUGAAAGCAACGCAUCGAUGGGUCUUGACCGGAACACCAAUUGUCAAUCGCCUGGAAGAUUUGUUCAGCCUGGUGAGAUUCCUCAAGGUUGAGCCCUGGAACAACUUCUCGUACUGGAAGACCUUUAUCACGGUUCCAUUCGAGUCCAAGGAAUAUGUCCGCGCACUCAAUGUUGUACAGACUGUCCUCGAACCUUUAGUUCUUCGACGCACCAAAACGAUGCAGACACCAGAAGGGGAGCCGCUGGUGCCACUGCCCCGUCGGACGAUCACUGUCGAAGAGGUCGAGCUCUCGGAUCAGGAGCGUGAAAUCUACGACUAUAUCUAUACUCGCGCAAAGCGGACGUUCAAUGACAACGUGCAAGCUGGCACGCUGCUCAAGUCGUUUACGACGAUCUUUGCUCAAAUUCUCCGCCUUCGUCAGACGUGUUGUCACCCCAUCCUCACCCGUAACAAGGCGAUUGUUGCGGAAGAGGAGGACGCGGCCGCCGCAGAAGGCGUUAAUGGGUUGAAGGAUGACAUGGAUCUGCAAGAUCUUAUCAACCGGUUUACGACGGCAACUGAGGCUGCCGGCUCCAAUGAGCAACCAAACUCCUCAAUCAAGUUCACGACCCAUGCCUUGAAACAGAUUCAGAAUGAGUCAAGUGGAGAGUGUCCGAUCUGUUCCGAAGAACCCAUGAUCGACCCAGCCGUAACGGCAUGUUGGCACAGUGCAUGUAAGAAGUGCCUGGAGGAUUAUAUCCGGCAUCAGUCGGACAAGGGCGAGUCUCCGCGAUGCUUCUCGUGCCGCGCAGCAGUCAGCAGCCGGGAUAUCUUCGAGGUCGUGCGUCAUCCGUCGAGCAACUUGACAACUGCCGACGACGACCUUUACAGCAGUACUCCCCCGUCCGGCACUCAAGGCACUCCGCGGAUCUCCCUUCGACGGAUCCACCCUCUCUCCCCCUCUGCUCACACAUGCGCCAAGAUCCACUCCCUCAUCAAUCACCUCCACCGCGUCCCAUCCGACACCAAAUCGGUCGUCUUCUCGCAGUUCACCAGCUUCCUGGACCUCAUCGGACCCCAACUCGAUCGAGCAGGCAUUUCUUACCUGCGUCUGGACGGGACGAUGCCCCAGAAGCAACGAGCCGACGUGCUCGCCCGAUUCAACAAGAUGGAAUCCUACGACCGAGAAGACAUCGAAGACGAGUCCGAGGAAGCAGGUAACGCCGUGCCUCCGCUGCGCUCCAGACCAUCCUCCUCUAACCCUACCACCAAAAAGCGAUCCGGUCCUCCCAUCCCCAAAGUCCUCCUCAUCAGUCUUCGUGCCGGAGGCGUCGGGCUCAAUCUUACCGUUGCAAGUAACGUAUUCAUGAUGGAUCCGUGGUGGAGUUUCGCCAUCGAGGCUCAGGCUAUCGACCGCGUUCAUCGAAUGGGCCAGCUCCGGAACGUGUCAGUGACGCGAUUUAUUGUGAAGGAUUCCAUCGAGGGUCGGAUGUUAAGGGUCCAAGACAGGAAGAUGAAUAUUGCCGGGUCGUUAGGGUUGAGGGUCGGGGGUGAUGGAUCGGAAGAGGAGAAGAAGAAAGAGAGAAUCGAGGAGUUGAGAUUACUGUUUGAAUAA